AUGUUCAUUUGCUAUUUGUGUAAUUUAGGAGUUCGUUCUCUAACCGCUUUAUCAUGUCAUUUCAAAUUUGUGCAUAAGCUUAGUACAGAAAGUAUCUACAGAUGCAAGCAGGGCGAUUGUCAAAGAACCUUUUGCCAGUACAAUUCAUUUAGAAAACACCUUAAAGCUAAACAUGUACUUGAGGGCGGUGUAAAUAAUAGUACUUCUGAUGAUGCCUUCAUAUGUGACCAAAGGGCCCUAACGGACAGUCAAAACUUAUCAUUGGAUGGUAACUCUGAUGAUAAUUUUGAUGACGAGAUUGAGGAGGGUAUGAUUAUUAGUGACUCGGAUAUAACUACUUUCAAAGAUCUUAUCAAGGCACAGGCUAGGACAUUUGUAGCAAAAUUAUAUUCGUUUGAGUCCUUGCCUCGAAGUAUGGUUCAGAUUGUAAUUGAUGAAUUUUUAAAUUUUAUGAGUGGUGGGUUUGUCGAUGUAAUUCAACGUAGAGUAAACAGUAAAAUGAGUUCUUUAGAUAUAGACGAAAAUUUCGUGACCACCACUGAUUCAAUGUUUGAUGCACUUAAAAAUCCUUUUCAAUUUUUAUCUUCUGAAUAUUUGAGGUUCAAGGAUUUAGCAAGCACAAAUGAUUUGAUUCGACCUGUGUCUUAUGAUGUUGGAUAUCGAAUUAGUGCAAAUAAUUCAAAACUGCACACUUCACUUGGUCAAGUACCACUAUCAAUCCAAUUUGUCCCUGUGAGACUUGUAUUGAAACAAUUGUUCGAGUUGCCUAGAUUUCACGAGCAAGUUUGCGAUUAUGUGAAUUCCUUGAAACAUUGUACUACUGUAACCAGUUUCAUCCAAAGUGACUUGUGGAAAUCUAAAUUAACGAAAUACAAUGUCGAGGAUACUGUCCUUCCUCUGUUCAUCUACUUUGAUGACUAUGAGGCCUGCAAUCCGUUAGGGUCGCAUGCUGGCGUAUAUAAAAUAGGUGCCAUAUAUGCAAGUUUCCCAUUUUUGCCACCACAAUUUCGUAGUACCCUAGACAAUAUAAUUUUGGUUUCUCUUUUUCACUCGGAAGAUCGUAAGCAAGUUGGUAAUAGGAAAAUUCUCGAUCCCAUCAUUUCGGAACUUACAUUUUUGGAAGAAAACGGCAUUACUAUUAUCAUAAACGGGAAAACGUUACGCAUAUACUUUGUUUUAGGUUUAGUUAUUGGGGAUAAUUUGGGGCUUCACUCAAUAAUGGGUUUUAAUGAAAGUUUCUCUAGUAACCAUUAUUGUAGAUUUUGCACAUCUUCAAAGAAAGAUAUGGAAUCUCUUUGCAAUAUAAAAAAUGUGACGCUUCGAAAUAAAACAAACUAUAAUGAGCAUAUACUCUUAAACGAUGCUAGUCAAACAGGUAUAAAGGAAGCGUGCGUAUUCAAUGAAAUUCCCAGUUUUCAUGUUUGUGACAAUUUGAGCGUUGACAUUAUGCAUGACAUUUUGGAAGGCGUUUGCCAUUAUGAUAUGCUGAAUAUGUUAAAUUAUUACAUAAACGUAAAAAAACUGUUUUCAUUAGAUACAUUAAAUUGGCGUAUUAAUACGUUUCGUUACAACUUUGACUUGAAAAAUAAACCUCCCGCAAUCUCACGAAAUUUUGAAAAGAAAUCAAAGAUUUCUAUGUCUGCAUCAGAAAUGAUGUGUUUCAUAAAAUACUUUGGCGUGAUGAUGGGCGAUCUUGUUCCAGUAGAUGAUCCUGUGUGGGAACUGUACUUGUGUUUGAGAGAAAUUCUUGAUGUAGUUUUAUCCAACGCUGUUACUACAGAAAUAGCAAAUAUGUUUGAAACUUUAGUAUCGGAGCAUAAUGAACUCUUUAUAACUUUAUUUAAUGAGAAAUUGAAACCAAAAUUUCAUUUUAUUUUGCAUUAUGCGUCCAUUAUGAAAAUGGUCGGGCCCUUGCGUCAUAUAUGGUCUAUGAGGUACGAGUCCAAACAUCGACAAUCUAAAGUUACUGCUGGAGUCACUUGUUCCAGAAGGAAUAUUCUUUAUACCCUAGCACUUAAGCACCAGCUAAUACUUGCCAAUCGAUUCUUGAAUAAUCAUGUUUUGAAACGAAAUUAUAGCCUUGGUCCUAAUAUUUGUAUGGGUGAUACAAUGUUAACAGAUAUCAACUACCCUGCCAACUUUAAAGAUUGCCCAAUUUAUAAGUGGAUAUCCAUCAAUGGCAUAACUUAUAGAAAUGGUAUCUGUCUGGUAACGGAUUUAAGUGACCUUAUACCAAGCUUUGGAAUUAUCAACUUCAUAAUGAUCGGAAAAAAUAAUAAAAUGGGCUUUGUGUGCUAUGCAACAGAAGUAAUAUGUUUAAAUCGCCACUAUCACGCAUAUGAAGUAAUUGUAAAUUUUGAUUCGAAUUUUUUUAUUGAAUUCGAUGAACUAACUAAUCCUUUUCCCUGCCAUUUAUAUAAAAGUUCUAAUAGUAGUUUUGUUACUUUAAAUCAUUCAGUGUGA